UAACUUUGACAUAUUGAGUAUAAAUACGUUUUUUUUAUUGUAAAAUUUAUUGUAAUAUAUUGUAAAGUCCAUUCCUAAGACAACGAUCACACUGCCUGAAUGGGUGGUUGGGUGAGUCAUCUCUGGUGGGGCGGUGAUCCUGACAACGUGAACAAAACAUCAGGGUUAACCAGACGAGACGUGCAUGCAGUGCAGAAAUCUUGGGCAGUAGCAAACGCCAAUCCUGUAGCUACUGGGACUGAAUUGUUAAAAAGAUUAUUCCGUGCAUAUCCAGAGACGAAGGAAUUCUUCAAAAUGAUACGUAAUUUACCUGAAGAUCAAUACAGUCAGAAUCAUCAGUUUAAAGCGCACGUUAUCAAUCUCAUGUCGUCGAUUAGCUUAGCAGUUGAGAACCUCAAUCAGCCAGAAGUUGUCGCCGCAAUGAUGAACAAGCUAGGAGAGUCGCACGGGAAACGAAAAAUACAAGAACAACAUUUCCAUGAUCUAAAGGGCGUUAUAGUAAAAAUGUUCAUCGAAGUUUUAAAACUAGAUGACAAGACAUUAGGAGCCUGGGGGAAGACUGUUGAUUUCUGGUAUAAACAUAUCUUCGAAACAUUAAAAGGAGAUGAGACAAAUUAACGCGUCAAUAAGGUACUAUAAGACCAUAAUAAUAGUAUUAUUUUACUCAGACAUAACAAGCAUAAAACUUAUAUUUCUUUAAAAGACAUUUGUGUUACAAUACACACUGAAACGCCUUAAUAGUUAACAGCCUUACUUAUAAACGAUCUUCAGCAGACGAUUAGCUUAAACAAUACUUUGUCUUCUUCUUUUGAACGUCAAAUCAAUGUUGACAGAAAGAGAGGAAUCACAGUAUUUGACUAAACUGCUAAGCAACGUUUGUAAAAAAUAAAGACAAAAUGUAAUUAAUAUGCAGUUUUUGCUCCGUGCUUUGUUAUUUUCUAAGAACAAUCUCGAAGCUCACCGCAGAGCACAUUUGCUAACAUCAGAAUGUACUGUGCGACAUUGAUUUUAUUUAUAAUUACAAUCAAAUUUAAAGGAUACACGUGUCAAAAUAUCAUGUCACCAUAAGCCGCUUUUCAAAAUUUUACGAAUGAAAUACGAAGUGAGUUCUUAUAGAAAUUUAAGUAUAUUUUAGUAAUAAUUUACAGUUAUUUUAAGCGCUUAAAAUAACGGUAAAUUAUUAUUGACUAACGUAAAUUUAGUUAUAAAAACUGUUUCGAUGACUUUUGAUAUUAUUAUGUAUAUAUAGUUAGUAUUUAACUAUUUUAAUAAUAUUUUAAAACGAGUUUUUAUAUGUCCAAAGAUUAUAAUAAUGUAGAAUUAUUUAGUAAAUUGUUAAUGUUGUGUUAUUUCAAUUUAUUGUUACUUAAAUAUUAAUUAUGAUAUUUUUAUAAUCAUAUUUGAUUGUAUAUUACAAUGUUCUGUUAUAUAAUAAAA